UAAUCUCCAACCAUUGUAAUUGUAAUUAUCCCAAAACAAACCCUUACAUAAGGAAUAGUGAAAAUCUACAGGGACAGUUCAAAAUUGGAAAAAUAGAGAGAGACCUGCAAGAUUUGCACCCAUUUCCUUCUAAGUCAGAUUCAUUUGCAACCACGGUGCCCCUGCCCAACACGUCCCCAUGUCGACGCUGGAAGCGGAAGCGGAACCCUCCUCCAAUCACAUUCACUCUCUUCCGUUAGUUGACCUCCGCCUCCUGUCUCAGCCCGAACUCUACACCCUCUCCCUCUCUGGCGCCACUCACCGCCAUCAACGAGCCAGCGACAACGAUCCCGUCAUUCCCAAGAUCGACCGUUCUAAUUUCAACGAAUCCGCGGGCAGCCGCAAACAGACCUUCUCCAAACUACGCCUCAACAAGCGCAAACAAAAUUCCGCGGCUCUCGCCUCUUCCUCUUACCACAUUCCGGAGCCCGUCGACCGAGAAAACUCCCAAAUUAUCUCUCUGCUGCAGCAACUCUUUGGCGUAGAGCCUCUUCGCAACGAGCUGCGCCCCAACAGCGGUGAUGCAGCGGACCGUCAAUUGUUUCCGGUCCAUGUUGAGUUCAAACAGCCGCCUCCACUGCCUGUGGCGUUUCAGAACGUUCCAAUUGACGUUAUUGAUGCUUCUAAUAGGAAGAGGAAGCGCGGGCGGCCGAGGAAGAACGAGAAUUUGGUAACGGUAUUCGAGGAGGAGACCAAGAAGGUUAACGAAGAGGGCAGCACAGUGGUCAGGGUCAACGAGAGGGGAUUUGGUAUGGACGCAGAUGGUUUGGAUUAUGAUCCUUUUGGGGAGGAGUUGAAGAGAAGGACGGAAGGGUUGGAGACGGAACGACAGUUGUUGGAAUUUUUGGAGACUCUGAAUGGAGAGUGGGCGAGUCAGAGGAAGAAGAGGCGGAUUGUCUCGGCCAGUGAUCUUAGCGACUUGUUGCCUGCCGGAUGGAAGAUAGUUAUUACCCUUUUGAGGAGGGCAGGUCGUGCUUCUGUUGUUUGUCGCCGUUACGUAAGUCCUGGUGGGCACCAGUUUGAGUCUUGCAAGGAAGCUUCUGCGUACUUGCUUUCUGUUUCUGGUGUUCAAGAUAAGGGCUAUUUAAAAUCUAGUUGUACUGAUGAUGGUGCUCAGCAAUUGUCCAGUAGUAUGAACAUGGCAUCUGAAAGUAGUGUUGGUCAUGUCCCUGCCAGAGCCACGAAGACUGAUGCCAAUGCAAAUUAUUCGUCUAUUCACUCUGGUCAAGAGAAUCAGCUCCCAAUAUCAUUAUCAGUUGGGAGUGGAAAUUUCAACAGUGAUCUAGCUUUGGGUUGUAAAUCAGGAGCUGCUAGUGAUGACUUUAGAGGCUUUGAUCAUCAAACGGAAGAUAAAAAACUGUUGGAGGCUGAUAAGAAUGAUGGAAGUUCAGUUCAGGGAUGUUCUCACGUGAAUGAUAUAGUUUGUAAUGAGUCUACUGAUGCUGCAUGCAAUCUUUAUAUUCCUUUAGUUUUCUCAACUCCCUUCUCCACUAAUAAUAGUGACAACGGUCAAAUUUCAGAUGCUGCGACAUGCAUAGAAGGGGGCAUUAGUAAUUUUGCUAGUCAGGAUACAAAUACCGGGUGCCCUGAAACUGUUCCCUGUGGAAUUGACAACAAUGGGCUUGGGCUUUCUGUGAAAUUAGUGGAAGAGAACACUCAGAAAAUAAGUUUUGAUAGCAGCACACUGGCUCCAAAUUCUGAGGGGAAAAUAUUUUCUGGUAAAAAUUUAGAGGAUAGACAUCUUAUCAGUUCACAGGAAGAUAUGGAAAUUGCAGAUGAUAAGGUCACUAAUGAUGACAAACAAUUAAUUGUAUGUGGCACAGACCGGUCUGAGUUUAAAGAUGUUUUUACUGAUAUUAAACUGCAGAGUAGUUCUGAGGGUUUUUCACUUGUCACAUCUCAUUGUGAACUUAAACACGCAUCUCUAAGUAAUAUGGACAGGACACAGACUUCCGAGUUGAAGGACUCUGCUGAGGAAAAUAUUUUUGACAGUGAUCUAUUUAGCUCAUCUAUUGAUGAAAGAACAUGUGUUCCAAGUGGUUACAUUAGUAAUGUUUCUUUUAGUUCUUGCACACAAGAUGCAGUUGAGUAUGGUGGAUUUGAUUUUUCUUCUGAUCUUAAAUUAACUAAGGAUGUUAGUGAUAAUCAUAUUCUUUCUAAUGAGGAUGCUGUGACAAGAUGUUUACAGGAGAGGAGUUCCUUGAAUGACCAAAAUAGCAUGAUGGGCAAUCUUUUGCAUCGUAGUUCUCAAAGUGACUUAUUUGCUCUAACAGCUAAUCAGCACCCUUCUGCUUUUCAUGAUAAUUUGAAUACCUGUGAUGGAACCUUUGAUGCACUCAAAGGUGUUGAUGCUGGAUACAUGGAGCCUCAGUUGGGCAUUGUUUCUUGCAGCAAUAUUGCUGUAGAUGCAUAUACUACUGCGAGCAUUAUGCAGGGAAACUCACAAGGAUGUGUAUCUGUUCCUCUUGGUGGAAGUAUAUUAAACUUUGAAAAGAAAAGUGAUGAUGGUGCUAAUAAAGCAAAUAAGCCUUGCUUAUCAGAAAAGUCUCAGAAUGAAGUUGAAAUAUUUCAAACUGACUCUAUGGGUCCACCCAAAUUUCUUUAGCAGUUAGAUAGAUUCAGAUGCAGAUGUGGUGACACAUGCAUGCAGUGCAGGAAACAUUUUCUUUAAUAAAACUUGUAUGAUAGUUUUGCUGUGUGCUGGUAACCACAAGGCUCUGCUAGUGUAUAUAUUUUCGAUUUCCCAUUGAAGAUGAUAAGCUAGAACAGGUAAUGAUUAUAUUUACAGUAUAAUAAAUUAUUUUCUGCUGG